AGGCGGGAGAGGCGACAGCUGGGGCCAAGAUCAUGCCUGACAGGGAGAGGUUUCCCGGGCGGCAGAGGACGCUAGGCUUGGGAUGAAAGAAGCAGGGCAGAUGCAAAAUCUGGAGAGCGCGGGGGCCGGGCGGUCAGUCAGCACGCAGACUGGCAGCAUGACCGGUCAGAUACCAAGGCUUUCUAAAGUCAACCUUUUCACUCUGCUGAGUCUCUGGAUGGAGCUCUUCCCAGCAGUAGAAGCCCAGAGGCAAAAACCUCAGGUGAAGAGAACUGGUCUUGUGGUGGUGAAAAAUAUGAAAAUUGUUGGUCUGCACUGUUCUAGUGAAGAUUUACAUGCUGGGCAAAUUGCUCUUAUUAAACAUGGGUCAAGGCUGAAAAACUGUGAUCUUUAUUUUUCAAGAAAACCAUGUUCUGCUUGUUUGAAAAUGAUUGUAAAUGCUGGAGUUAACCGAAUUUCAUAUUGGCCUGCUGAUCCAGAAAUAAGUUUGCUUACUGAGGCUUCUAGUUCUGAAGAUGCAAAGUUAGAUGCCAAAGCAGUGGAAAGAUUGAAGUCAAACAGUCGGGCCCAUGUGUGUGUCUUACUUCAACCUCUGGUGUGUUAUAUGGUGCAGUUUGUAGAGGAGACCUCUUACAAAUGUGACUUUAUUCAAAAAAUUACAAAAACAUUGCCGGAUGCUAACAUUGACUUUUAUUCUGAAUGUAAACAAGAAAGAAUAAAAGAAUAUGAAAUGUUAUUUUUGAUUUCAAAUGAAGAAAUACAUAAGCAAAUUCUGAUGACUAUAGGUUUGGAGAACCUGUGUGAAAAUCCAUACUUUAGCAAUCUAAGGCAAAACAUGAAAGACCUUAUCCUACUUUUGGCCACAGUAGCUUCCAGUGUGCCCAACUUUAAACACUUCGGAUUUUAUUGUAGCAAUCCAGAACAGAUUAAUGAAAUUCACAAUCAAAGUUUGCCACAAGAAAUUGCAAGGCACUGCAUGGUUCAGGCCAGGUUACUGGCCUAUCGAACUGAGGAUCAUAAAACAGGAGUUGGAGCAGUUAUUUGGGCAGAAGGGAAAUCUAGAAGUUGUGAUGGAACAGGCGCUAUGUACUUCAUAGGAUGUGGUUAUAAUGCUUUUCCUGUUGGAUCUGAGUAUGCUGACUUCCCACACAUGGACGACAAGCAGAAGGACAGAGAAAUAAGGAAAUUCAGAUACAUCAUACACGCAGAACAGAAUGCCUUGACAUUUAGGUGUCAGGAAAUAAAACCAGAAGAAAGAAGCAUGAUUUUUGUGACAAAGUGCCCUUGUGAUGAGUGUGUACCUUUAAUUAAAGGUGCAGGCAUAAAACAAAUCUAUGCAGGGGACGUUGAUGUUGGAAAAAAGAAGGCAGACAUCUCUUACAUGAGAUUUAGGGAACUUGAGGGUGUUAGCAAAUUUACAUGGCAGCUGAAUCAAUCAGGAGCUUAUGGUCUGGAACAAAAUGAGCCUGAAAGGAGAGAAAACGGUGUGCUGACACCCACCCCUCUGUGCGAAGAACAGCACCAGAACAAGAAGCUGUGUCUUGGAAACUACAAAGAAGUCCGGGCUACGCUGGAGUGAAGGCCUCGAGAAUUUUUUAUUGCACUUUUAAAAUGCAGCCUUGUUAACUCAGAAAGUAAGGAUGGAUUUUGUGAAUAAUUGAGAAAUUUUUUAAAGGAAGCUAAUUUAUUACCAGGAUAUGAAUGAUGUUAAUAAGAAUAUUUUUAUUUUAGAUUUGUAUGUUUCCCAGAAUAUAGUAGUCUUUUCAUUUAUUACACUAAAUGAGGUAGCAAUAACUUAAUGAGACUAAUGUAAUCACCAGUAGGGACUGAUUUUUAUUUAUCUUGACUUUAUACUUGCCAGUUUGAAAGGGGCUGGUUCACUGGAGGUCACACCUCAGCAGGGAAUUAUACAGCUUUGAGAAAUAUUAAUUCCUUUGGAUUACAAGGAAGACAAUCAGUAAACUGCUCCAUGGAAAUAAAUGACAAUCUGGCUAUCU